UUAUCACUAUCAGUUAUUUGCACAUUUUUAAAUGUGUGUGUGCACUUUUUUCACCAGCAGUGCCUCAAACCUCCAUUUGACCCUGUCAAAACUUCUGCAAAACACAGCGCAGCGUAGUCAUAUUUAGAGUUUAUAGUUUUAUUAACGACUGUUCUUCAAGAAUGUUUGCUUCCCUUUUCGUGGUCAUACUGGGGUUUUGCACCUGUAGCAAGGGGAGCAGCCGGUCCACUCUGGGGCGUCCAGAAGUAAUUGGCCCUUCGGAAGCUUUGGUGAAUAGCAUUAUAGAUUUUCAGUGUGAACUGAAAAUCUACCCCGAGAAUGAAAAUAUCCUGCUGCAGUUAAUCAAGAAGGAUAACCGUGACAAGUUGUUGGGCGAAUCAACCUCCCUGAACGGGGAGGUUGGAACAAUUCCCAUGGUAAUCGCACCAUACCAUGAAGGCAGCCUGGAGUGUGUGGCCAAGGCUCAAAACAACUCUAACAUAGAGCCCACUGUCAGCUACACACACUACCUGAAGGUUGUUGAGCCAGUGGAGGGUGCAGAGAUUGCCGUUCGAUCAGGUCCAGUGGACUUCUUUGAGGGGAAGACGCUGGAGCUACACUGUGAACUCAUCGCUGGAAAUCACGUCUCCUACGAGUGGCUGCUGAAUGGUCAACAUGUCUCUCAGUCACCUCUCCACCAUGUUGCAGAUAACAAUCUCUUGAUCAACAGAACUACUUCCAAAGACAGCGGAUCCUAUAUGUGUGUCGCCACCAACCACUUUAACAAAACAAACUUCACCUCCAGCUCUCAAGUUAUGAUCACAGUCAAAGACGUGGUGUCAAUCCCUGACAUCUCCUUCACCGUGUUAAAGGAAGAUUCCCACAACUAUUCUGCCGAGGUCACCUGUCAGUCAACUAAAGGGACUCCGCCUGUCACCUUUUCACUGUACAACAGGACAGAAUUAGUUGCCAAUAUAACGAUUGACGAGAGAAACGCGACAUUUAAGGUUCCACUGGUCUUGGGCCAGCACUUGGGAUGGCUCCAGUGCCAGGCAAACAACGGAGACCGGACUGAAUUCAGUCAAUGGAUUCCCCUGGAAGUUGUCCCAGUUGGUGGGCCUGUGAUGAUGCAUUACGACUAUGACUUCGGAGAAAACUACGCCGUGAUCGGCCUGAGGUUCUACUGCAAGGCAGCGAAGGGAUCUCUUCCUCAGUACCGGUGGUUCCUCAACAAAACCCUCCUACAUGACAGAGGAAGCUUCUACAAAGUGGUCAACCAGCCUCCAGAGCAGUCCAUACUCCUGCUGUCUGUAGGGAGGAGCAGCGCUGGAACGUACCACUGUGAAGUGUCAGACAGCUUCGACAACACCAGCUCCAAAAGCAGCAAUUGGAUGUAUUUGAAUAAAGAAGUGCUGAAUCGUCUCCGCGUCUCGGUGGUGGCAGUUGUCUUUGGAUGUUUUACAUUCCUGGUUGUCCUGGUCUCUAUUUGCUGUUUGCUUGGAGCAAUGUUCAGGCGAAGGCAGUAUGGAGGAAGUUCUCUGUUGAGCUUGGAGAUGAGGGGAAUGGGAGCUGCAUGUGAGGACGAGCUGGAUUUGUCAGAGUACAAUGAAGAUGCUGAUUUAGAGACAAUGGCCAGAGGUGGUGAAUUUGAUCAGGCAUCUGAGGCCUCCGUGGACGAAUGGCCCCAAAUUAAGGAAGAGAAGAAGAGUUGGAGGAUGAACCAGUUGAGGGACCCUGAGGGCUCACACUGUUCAUAAACAGGCUGAUGUGGUUGAAUAAACAUCUGCUCGUGAU